GGCUGCUCGAGCACGACUGAGCCCGCAAUUACGAUGUCUCUCUCCACCAAGCUCACGCUGGACAAAGUGGACGUGAAGGGGAAGCGUGUGGUCAUGAGGGUUGAUUUCAAUGUCCCAAUGAAGAACAACAAAAUAACCAACAACCAAAGAAUCAAAGCAGCUGUCCCAACCAUAAAGCAUUGCCUGGAUCAUGAGGCCAAGUCUGUGGUACUGAUGAGUCACCUGGGCCGACCUGAUGGAGUUCCUAUGCCUGACAAAUAUUCUUUGGAACCAGUGGCAGCAGAACUCAAAACACUGGUAGGCAGGGACGUCUUGUUCCUGAAGGACUGUGUUGGUCCAGAGGUAGAGAAAGCUUGUGCUAACCCAGCAACUGGCUCAGUCAUCCUCCUGGAAAACCUCCGAUUCCAUGUAGAAGAGGAAGGAAAGGGAAAGGAUGCUUCAGGGAACAAGAUCAAGGCUGAUUCUGCACAGGUUGAUACUUUCAGAGCAUCACUUUCUAAAUUAGGAGAUGUUUAUAUCAAUGAUGCUUUUGGAACUGCGCAUAGAGCUCACAGCUCUAUGGUAGGUGUCAAUCUACCUCAAAAAGCUGCUGGCUUCCUGAUGAAGAAAGAACUGGAUUAUUUUGCUAAAGCUUUAGAGAAUCCAGUGCGCCCCUUCCUGGCAAUACUUGGAGGAGCUAAAGUUCAAGAUAAGAUUCAGCUGAUCAAUAACCUGCUGGAUAAAGUCAAUGAGAUGAUUAUUGGUGGCGGAAUGGCUUUCACCUUCCUCAAAGUACUUAAUAACAUGGAGAUUGGCAAUUCUUUGUUUGAUGAAGAAGGAUCAAAAAUAGUCAAGGACCUGAUGGCCAAGGCAGAGAAGAAUGGUGUGAAGAUCACUCUGCCCAUUGACUUCAUUACUGCAGACAAAUUUGAUGAGAACGCGAACACCGGAGAGGCCACUGUGGCAUCUGGGAUACCUGCUGGAUGGAUGGGUUUGGAUUGUGGCCCUGAAAGUGUUAAGAAGUUUGUUGAAGUUGUGGGAAGAGCCAAGCUAAUUGUGUGGAACGGUCCAGUUGGUGUGUUUGAGUGGGAUAAGUUUGCCAAAGGAACCAAAGCCUUGAUGGAUAAAGUUGUGGAAGUUACAGCCAAAGGCACUAUCACCAUCAUUGGUGGUGGAGACACAGCUACAUGCUGUGCUAAAUGGAACACUGAAGAUAAAGUUAGCCACGUCAGCACUGGAGGUGGUGCUAGCUUAGAACUUCUAGAAGGUAAAGUUCUUCCUGGUGUAGCAGCUCUGAGCAACGUGUAAUGGGUCGACCCUGGGAUGGAUAAGAACCUCUGCCCCAAUAUGUUCCUGUGCACACCCACCACCCUUAAAGCAGCUACUGCAGCGCUUCUAUAUCUACAAGCAGCAGAUCACAGAAUGUAAACUGGAACCAAAACAACAUAUAACGGAGAGGUUCAGAUGGCUCCAUUUUGGAGAGUCUGCUGUUUACAUGCUGCUGAUUUGUCCACGGUUACCCCACUUGAACUACUGUAGUGUUAAAUAGUUAUUGUGAUUUAGAGUGUAUAUAUUUAUAUUUUUGCCUUUUAAAAAAGGCUAAGUUCCCUAGUAGUUGUCAGUUUCUCAAAAGCAAUUCCUCCCAUUCAACUUCCACCGUGUUUUUAGAUGCUGAUAUUAGUCACUUGACACAACUUACAAGCAAGGAGAAAAUACAGAUUUCUGGACAUUGGCUUCUAAAUAAAUGUUUAUGAUGCAAACAUA